AAAAGCAAGAGAAGGGAAAUGGAGAGGUGCUGUCAGUAGACGAAAUCACAUCUUUGGAGAGUAAUAAUGUCAAACAGAGCAGCAGGGGGAGUGAUGUGUGCGCACGGUUUCACAAGACUCUUCUGUUUCAGACUAACUUCAGACAAGUCAGCGAGAAGCUGGUGACCCAGAGGAAGCCACGAGGCAGCGCGACAAGUUCAGAGAGGGAGAGAGGAGAGGGGAAAAAAAGGAUUUGGAUCACUAUUUUUAAAUGUGAGAUUUGGCAAAGGGGGCGUGGACGUUAUCGGAGCGGCAGCAGCUGAGAGAGCGUGUUGGUUCUUGGCCGCAGCUCCAGAUUCGCAGUGAUGUGCCGGCUGGAGGAGGAACUGGACUGAGCGUAGAUAUCGGCACUUUAAACGCAGAUCUUUUGCAGGGCUUUUUUUGGUUGUUUGUUUCAGUAUAAUUGAAUGCAACCCCCCUCGGCGUUUUAUCGUGGAUUCAUUUCUCCUUUCGUUGCGGCUGUGGUCGGCACAGAGAACGGACUCGAGGAAACCAGCAGGAGCUGUUGAAGCCGUGCUUCGCCAUGCGUAACGGAUGAAAUCUGAUUUUGAAGCUGUUUGAAUGACAGCAUUUGGGGGCGUCUGACUGUUUAGGGAAGCCUUGUUGCGCGCAACAAACCACGCUGGAUCAGGAACAUUUAUCCUUAAAAAAACGAGUGGAAUUUGAAAGCUGUUCCGUAUGAAUGUAUUUCUCUAUAUUGGGAAGUGCAACUGUUUUUGGUGAUUUGAUUAUGUUUAAUAUGGUGGCCCAAGCCUUUGGCAUGGAUUAUUCACAAAGUGUUUAAUCCAAUUCUUUACGCCCCGAGUUAAAGCCACUGCAUGUGCCUGACUGAGAAUGCGCUUGAAACGCAGAACGGGAAAGUAAGGGCCACCUGAGUUUCCUUAACCCAAGCAAAAAUGACAAGCAGCGGACCUGUCAUUGUCUUCGAGUGGCUGAAGACCCUCCAGCUCUCCCAGUAUGUCGAGUCAUUCGUGGAUAAUGGAUACGACGACCUAGAAGUUUGCAAACAAAUAGGAGACCCCGACCUGGAUGCCAUUGGCGUCUACAUCCCUCACCACAGACAGAGAAUCCACGACGCGGUGAGGAGGCUGAAGGAGGAUGCCAAAGAAACGGCCAGCGGACUGUACUUCACCCUUGAGCCGAUGCCACCCGCGGCAGAGGUCUACACGGGUCACACUGGAGAGCAUGAGUCCAAGCUGCGGGCAUCCAGGUCCUGGACAGAGCCCAACAGGGACCGAAUCGGGCGCAACGGUGGCUACAUGGGCGCGCAGAGAAACCUGACGCUGGGCAACAGGAGGGAGCUGGUGAUGUACCCCAAACUGAAGCUGAAGAUCAUGAUCAGGGAUAAACUCAUCAGAGAUGGCAUCAAUCUAGCAAGACCACCCUACUCUAAUAAGGAUGGUUCUCUGGGCAACAUAGAUGACCUUGCCCAGGAGUACUCUGAAUACUACAAUACAUGCUUCAGUGACGUCGGUGACCGCAUGGAAGAGCUUCGCAAGCGGCAAGUCUCCCAGGAGCUCGACAUGGAGAAACAAGACCCAAGCAGCACCUCUCUCCAGCUGCGGAAUGAGAUCCAGGAAUCUCUUGGCUUCAGCAGUGAGGUGUCCACUCCUGAAACAGACAGAAAAAUGUCUCUGCACAAGUCCAGCUCUGAAGAUGGAUCUGGAAGUAAAUGGGACAAUAAGAAGAAAAACAAAUCCUUUUGGCAAAACUUCCGCAAAUCUCAGCACAAAGCGGUUGCUCGACAGUCAUCCAAAGGAGAAGACAUCGGCUACGUGGCCAGCGAGAUCACGAUGAGUGACGAAGAGCGGAUUCAGCUGAUGAUGAUGGUUAAAGAGAAAAUGAUCACUGUAGAGGAAGCUCUGGCUCGGCUUAAGGAGUAUGAGCGCAGCAAACAGUCCAGCAGUACUGACACUGCAGAGUGGACUGACGGAUCUGCAGCCAAUCUAAACCAGUCCUCAAAUUGCAAUUCUCGUGAACAAUCGGAUGACGAGCAAUCUGAGGACUCAGUGAAGUUCAAAAGACUUCACAAACUGGUCAAUUCAACACGACGAGUGAGGAAGAAGCUCAUCAAGGUGGAAGAGGGCAAGAAACAUUCCCCUGAAGAUUUUCUGAAUCUGGAAACUCCCUCUUGUGAGGACAACGCAGCUUUGUACACAGGGGUUCUAAAGAAGCCCCCUUUGCCCCAGGAAGUCUCCCUGCCCUCUCUUAUCCAUGACCAACUGUCUCUGGAUGGAGAAACAGACAGUUUGACGACAUCCCCUUCAUCCAGCAGUCUGGACACCUGGUCUGGGCAUAAGUUAGUGAAAACCUUUAGCAAGUCUUCCAGCACCCACGGCCUCAUCAGGCCCCCGAGGAGGACUGCAGCCGGCUCCAGGGACCUGGGGGGCUCCAUCUCUGGUGUCGCAGGAAGCGGCUCUUCCUUCUCAGAGCUCGAUGGAUGUGGACUUGAUGACGAGGGAAAGCUGUCACGCUCCACGACAGACAGCGAGAUGAGGAAGGCACUGAGCUCCAUAUCCCACGGGGUAAGUAACAACGAAUCCCUUUACGCCUUCUAUGGCCUCACCAAACCUCGCCCCAAACCCCAUUCCCAGUCCCGCCUUCUGAUCUCCCUGGAUGACGGCCCGCAAGGCAGUCCCAAACAUCAACCUUCCAACCGCCACCAUGGCAGCUGGGCCCACCGGAAACCCGACCCCAACUACGCGUACUCCACCAAGCACCUCCUGUACCAGCGUUCCCGCAGUGCCAAGUCCCCCAUCUCCCCCCUGUCUGUCACCCCCUCCUCCCCCGUCCGCUGCGACAUAACAAAGUCAAAAGGUUUCGGGACCGGAGGCGGGGGCUGGGCAUUCCCUCCCCGGCGGCUGCGGGGCCGCACCGCAGUCAGCGAGCUGAACAUCACCUACGUUGUAGAGCGAAGUCUGUACGGUCACCUGAACUGGGCCCAGCUGGUGCGCCCAGUCACCCUCAGCCGCGCUGAGCGCCGCUGUCUGCUCGAGGAGGACCGCGAGGUGGACAGGAAGUGGGCGGCCAGCGUGGACCGCUGCACCAAGCGCGUGCUGUUGCGCAUCCAGCAGAAGUCUAGAACAUGCAGCUUCGGGGGCUUCGACCUGUCCAACCGUUCUCUCCAUGUGGUCAACGCAGCCUCCGAAGCCAAUAAUAAGGAAGAGGAGGCCAUAUACAGAGAAGUGGUGAAAUCCCCCAACACCACUCGGAUCUCCCUGGGAAAGAAAGUCAAGUCGGUGAAGGAGACGAUGAGGAAGCGCAUGUCGAAGAAGUACAGCAGCUCGCUGUCUGAGCAGUCCAGUCCUGACGGAGCCCCUGGUUCCCCACAGUCUCCUCUGCCAGACACCGACUCCUUGGAGAAACCAAAACUGAAGGCCGGAGGCUCCGUGGAAAGCCUGCGCAGUUCCCUCAGUGGCCAGAGUUCAAUGAGUGGUCAGACAGUGAGCACCACUGACUCAUCGGCCAGCAACAGAGAAAGCGUGAAAUCAGAGGAUGGAGAUGAUGAAGAGCCGCCUUACAGGGGACCGUUCUGUGGCCGCGCUCGAGUCCACACAGACUUCACUCCCAGCCCCUACGACACAGACUCCCUUAAACUGAAGAGAGGGGAUGUGAUUGACAUCAUCAGUAAGCCCCCCAUGGGAACAUGGAUGGGUCUGCUCAACAACAAAGUUGGCACCUUCAAGUUCAUCUAUGUGGACGUGCUGUGUGAGGAAGAAGAGAAGCCUAAAAGGCCCAUCAGAAGGAGGAGGAAGGGCCGACCGCCCAAACCCACAUCAGUAGAGGAGCUGCUGGAGCGAAUAAACCUCAAGGAGCACAUGCCCACUUUUCUGUUCAACGGCUAUGAAGACCUGGACACGUUCAAGCUGCUGGAAGAAGAAGACCUGGACGAGCUGAACAUCAAAGAUCCUCAGCACAGAGCCGUGCUGCUUACGGCUGUGGAGCUGCUGCAGGAGUACGACAGCAGCAGUGAUCCGGAGCGCAGCGGACUGUCGGGUUCCCAGGAGAAGCUGCUGUCAGAGGGUCGAGGCCUUGUGGGGGACUCCCCGAGGGACUCUGGCUGCUAUGAGAGCAAUGAAAAUCUGGAAAAUGGGAAAAACAAAAAAGCAUCCCGGUCCAGUCGCUGUUCAGCGGGAAUGCAGUCUCCAGACUACCCGACCCUACCUAUGACUCUUUCUACAGAAGCUCUGCAACAAAAUGGCAAAAACCAGCGUUCCAAGUUCCCUAAAAGCCUUUUCAUCAAGCCCUCCCUGAAAGGCUUUAACUUGCUGGGACUCCGCAAAGCCCACAGACGGUCCCCCAUCCCAGCUAGCCGCAGUUGUGAGGACCUUGAUGGCCCCCCGCAGACAACUGGGCUCUGGAAGCGUUCUCACUCCCUGGGAGAUCUGCACAGCCUCGAGCAAAAGGUCGAUCUGAGUGUGGUGGUUAAAACAGCGAAGGACGUAGACAAAUUGGUCAGCAGCAGCCCGGCAAAGGUCUACAGGGAGGAGCGUUCUGUCCGAACGGGAACCCCAACAGUAAGUCCUAAAGGAAGGGCUGACAGACCACCCAUACCCUCUCAGCUUCCUCUACGCUCCCAGUGUCCAGCAUUCCAGCCUCCCAAACUUCCACAGCCUCUCUCUAGUCCUACUCCAAGUCCCCCAGAUUCUAGUGUUAGUGGAGAGAGGAUUAUCCUGACGCAUCCCAAAAAGCCUCCCAUUCCACCUCCUGUUCCCGCCAAAAAAUCCAGAGAAAGACUUGUCAAUGGAGUCCGUCACCCGUCUCUCUCUCUGCCCUCGUCGCCAUCCCCGACCGCCUCGCCUACACACUCCCUCAAUCGUUCCCAACCGAGCAGCCCCUUAAUCCGCAGCAGCAGCCCGAGCCCCGUCCUCCACCCCCCUGCUCUGCCCGCCAAAACCUUCAGCCCACCUCCCAGUCCGUGUGCCACCUCCUCUGCAUCGUCUAUAGGUGAAGAAUCGGGCACCCCACCUGCAGCGCAGCCUCCCUGGCUCUCAGAUCUUGGAGGUAAAAUGUCUGUGACAAGGAAGCUCUCCCACACCAAGAUGAGUCCUGAUCUGCACACCCUCCUGGAGCAACGGCUGCAGGCUGAGGCCAUCGAUUUGACUGAGGAGCCUUACUCUGACAAGCACGGCCGAUGUGGCAUUCCACAGGCACUGAUCCAGCGUUACUCAGAGGACUUGGAGCAGCCGGUCAAAGACGUGGGCUCCACCAUGGACCAGCUCAGAGUCAAAGAGCUACGGAAACAGCACCGCAUGGCUAUCCCCUCUGGUGGUUUGACAGAGAUGUCCCGGAAGCCCGUAGCCUUUGGCAACAUCAGCACAGUCUCUGAUUGGCUCGUCUCCAUCGGCCUGCCCAUGUACGCCCCAUCUCUGCUGGCGGCAGGCUUUGACACCCUGGGUCGUGUGGCCUUGUUAACAGAGAGCAGCCUGAGGGAGGCCGGGGUGCGGGAUGAGAGGCACACCCGCCGCAUUAUCAGCGAGGCCCGACUGGUCAAUGCACACCGAGGCAUACAAUCCUAAUCUCGAGGCCCACUCGGUGCUCAAAACGUAACAAUGAGGUGGCCACACAACUAAGUGAGCACAGCACUAAAGUACACUCGAAAAAAAGAGUUAACCCCUUUUUAAUGUUUACGGCAUUAAGAGCCAAGAGAAGAUAUCAGAUGCCUUUACAAAAAUAGACUGACUACUUUUUGACUGAUUUCUUCCAUUCUAAGGAUACCCCUAAAGUCUUCAAAUAAAGACUUGGAUCUGCCUUUAAGGAUGAGAGCACACUCUUUUUGUAAGAUUAAAAUUGUUGGGGGUUUUUUUUCCCUUUUUUUUGCUACUCUAUAAAAAAAAAAAAGUUUACUUCCUGCAUAUUCCAUAGUUGAACCGUUUUUCAUCUCUUACACUAAGGCAGGUCAAAGUCUGAAUAAAUAUACCACAACAAACAGUGGCUUACUUUGUAUCUUCUUUCUGUAUUAUAGCACAAAGUACAUCUGAGUUCCAAAAGGAUCUAUUAUGUUAAAGUUUGUGUUUGCUUUCGGAUUAUUGCAGCCCUUUUGCAGACCCACUUUCAGUCAUUUUGGGGGGGAAAAAACACACAAUGUCUUUAUAUUUCAACUGAUAUGAUACAUUUUUUUCACGGCAUACUCUGGUGUGAAUAGUCUUAUGGAAAGCUUUGUUUGCUGCAGUAGUCACAAUCAGCUUUUACUGAAAGUACAUUCCUCGGUGUGGAAAGGGACACUUGAAAUUGCCUUACCAAUAUGAAUGAAUAGCUACAAGAAGCUGUGCAAAAACAUGCAGGUCUUUUUUUCUUCAUCUGAUUGUGUCUCACGAGUAAACUGUCGUUUCGAAUACAUGAACAUGUGCACAGUUAUUUUGGCGGUGGAUACGGACCAAAGAACAAGACAACAAGUCGCCCUGUGUUGAAUCUCUGUGGACCAUGAUGGAAUACUUUGAAAGUACACGUUGCGACAGAAAAGCAAAGAUUCAGCCGUCACGUCUGGAUUCCUUACUGGUCAAUCUACACGUUGGUGAGCACAUUCAGGAGUCAAAGCUCUUGAGCAUUUGCAGACUUUAAACGGGAUGGAAAGAUGGAAAUAAACUGUCUAAACAAACUGUCGGAAAAUUCAGGGACCUUCUGAGGAGAGUCAGACUGUUAGAACGUUAUUGGGGAGAAAAUAUCUAAGAAUAUCGUUUGGUUGUGCACUCUGCAUGAGACUGAGCAAACAAAUAUUCCCCGAGUGCAUUUCUCCUCUGUUUAAAGUCAUAUCUUUCAUUUGUAGUGGACUAAAGACUUAUUCCAUCCAUUUAUUUAGUUGUUUUUUUUAAACUCUGACCAGCUUCUGUUGGUGAGUUUCGGAGCAUGUUUCUGCAUUUGGCACUUGAUGUGGUUAUUUGAUGCCUUCUUCUCUCUCAUCAAUCAAAGUGGUGCUCUGGGAAACUGAGGAUGGGAGUCACAGCUUAAACAAGUAAAAGACCCAGGAAGUGUUCUGCAAAA